AUGAUAAGUUCAAUAUCGCGUUCGCUAUUUUUUAGUUUAUUAGUUUCGGUUUUCUUGAAGCUCGAUAACGCUUCAGCUAAGACGCAGUUUUUGUACGAAAACGAUGAAGGAUUACCGUCACCCUCGUCACUAUCAACAAAUUAUCGACUCUCAACGCCGAAGACUAUACAACCCUUGAAUAGAGUUCCUCAGCAUUUACAGGAUAUUCAAUACGACAAAGGAGCAAGCAGGGAUGUUAUUCACAUAAUUGAUCCUCCAGUAUUCUCACCAAUAAGCACGAAAACACUGCCCACUCCGCAACAUCUCAGACACAUACCAAAGGAUUAUGCCAACGCUAUUCUUGAUGAAAGCAGUCUGUCAAACUAUUUAAUGGCUCCUAGCAAUUCAUUAAAGACAAAUCGACCAACUUCGGCAUUUCUCAUCAAACCUCAAGCUUUAACUGGCAACAUUCAGCAAGAAUUGAAUCGCCACAAUCCUAACCAGAAUAAAAAACCUCCACCAAAAUUAGCACAAUUAAGCAAAACUAAGCCAAUUUCAUCAAAACCAAUGGAAACUCUUGGCUAUCAUUUCGGAACUCCUCAAUUUUAUCCACUCAAAGUUACAGCUGCAGUGAGACAUAAUCACAUAAUCCGAACUCGUCCGACUCCAAUGAUUCCUCAUGUCAAACACAGAGUGCAUUACAAAAAGUUCAAAACUUUCCAAUCAAACAUACAACAGAAAAGCUUCGACUUCGAUGAGGAAGCUCAAGAAGUUCAAAUGGAUUCGUUGCGCAAUAACGUAACCAGAUCAAAGCGUCAAACAAGAUCACGGAGAGAUACGAACGCAAGACAUAAGUCCGGAAAAAUGAUGAUGCGUGGAAGCCUAUUACCAGUGGCUCUUACAAUUAUGGGAGAAAAUGGUGAACUUUUGACAGGAAGAGCUUUGCUGCAACAUAUUACUGUUCUUUUAAAGAAUGCUUCAACGUUUGAACCAAAUGAUGAACCAGCUGAUAAUGAUUUCAACAAAUUUGUCAUCAAAGAUGUCCUCCUGAAUGAAAAGGAAUUCCAUCGAAUUAUGGAUAAUUCGAUGAAUCUAACCGAUCCUGUCAUGUUGACUGUCUUAGGGAUCAACGCUAUGAACGAUUCACAACUUCUUACCAAUGCCUAUGUCAAUGAAUAUCUCAAUUGCAUUGAUUCAUCGAAAACUUCGAACCGUUUCAAAGCUUUACAGAGCAAAAUCGAUUGCAUGAAACGAAAAAUGUUUGACAGAAGUAAUUUCGAUUCCACCGAUUCAUCACGCUAUUCUAUAAGCAAUCUUCCAGCGGCACUUGUCUAUGCCGAUGUGAUGACCAAUAUUAAGAAUUUGGUGCGACCAAAAAACGGAAUUGCUUAUUACUCAUUGCCAGUUGAUGAACUUACUCAUUUGCAACAAGUUGUAUUGCCAAUUGAAGACUAUGUAUCGCCAGCUCAAAUACAUAGUGCGCAAUAUGCACCGAGUAGUUAUCAAAACCGGAAGAUAUUCUUUAACGAAAAUAUUCAACCGAAAAUGUCAACUUGGUAUGUCGUUAAGUCAGAUGGGAGAAUCUAUCAAAUGGAAUCAAACCGAGGUCCACCUCAUCAACCGCCUCCAAUUUUCCAUGGAUUUCCAGAUAUACCAAAUGCAGAUGUUUUUACCGAUGGGCCACCGCGGUUAUCGUUUUUUGACUCUUUGUUUUUUGACGAAUAG